AUGGCUCCUCCAACCCCAGUAUACUCUAAAGCGGAGAUAGCAAAGAGAUAUGCCAAAAUACUAGAAACCCCCGAGGAGCAUGAAUGCACUCUUAUGCUGUUAACACAAUACGAGUGUACAUUUAAAAUCGACAGUGAACGACGUCAAGCCCCAAAGAUACUUUGCAUGCCAUUCAAAAGGUUAUUCCAACGAUGUCAGAUUACAGUGAUGGAAAAGGUAGACGGACAUAAAGUUCAGACAAAGAAGUGGAUCAACAUAGAAGUAACCGAUGAAACCACCAAUGAAGAGCUUUUCAAGAAUGAAGAGUAUCGAGAUCAAGUAGCUGAAUUCAAAGGCGCAGAACAAGAUCUUAAACGGCUCAUGGAGGAAGAAUAA